AUAUCGUGUGUAAUCAUCGCUAACUGUUCCAUUCUCCAAAAAAAAAAACAGUUGACAACUGCAGCUCGAUAACUUGAUCGUUUGUACCACGGUAAUUGAAAUUUAGCGAAAGUUUUUUUUAUACGAAAUAAAAACACUAACUUUCCCUAAAAUUUAAGUAUUGAACAGCUUACCCUAAUUUACAUUAUUUGCUACUUAACGCAGACGAAUCCAGACAACCGAUUCCUUCAUCAAGAUGAGAGUACUAAGUAGUUUUUUAUUAAUUAUACUAUCGAUUAUUAAUUCAAUGGGCAGUUCUGAUUUGGAUUCUAAAAAGCCCUUGGUAAUUGCUCAUAGAGGAGCCUCUGGUGAAUUGCCAGAACAUACGACUGCGGCAUAUGAAUUAGCUAUAAACCAAGGAGCUGAUUUUAUUGAAUGUGAUAUAUGUCUCACUAAAGAUCUUGUGCCAUUCUGUUCUCAUGAUUGUUCAUUGAAUUCAAGUACUGAUAUUAGUACCAGAAAAGACUUGAAAGAUCGAAUCACAAAGCACGAUAUGGACUUUGAUGAGCCUGAAUUUUCAAUGUCUGAAGACUACUUUUCUAUAGACUUUACGUGGGAUGAACUGAAAAUGGUGAAAGUGAAACAAAGCAGACUUGAUAGAGAUCAGUCUCACAAUUUUAAGUAUUCUCUCUGUUCACUGGAGGAAUUUUUAAAUGUUGCGAAAAAUUCAAAAAAACCUACUGGUGUCUAUCCUGAAUUAAAAUAUCCAGUAUGGCAGAAACAACAACUUAAAACACAAUUUAAAGAAAAGAAUACGACUUACGAACAAUUGAUAGUGGAUAUACUUUAUACUAAUGGAUUUGAUAGUAAAAGUAAACGAGUCUUUAUACAAACUUUCGAUAAAGAAGCAGCCAAGAAUUUACACAAAAUAACAGAUAUGCCCAUCAUUUACUUAGCAUGGCGAAAUUUUGACUCAUCUACUGUUAGAGAAGCAGCGGAAUUUGCACAAGGCGUUGGUUUAUGGAAAAAUCUUAUUUUUCAUUGGGGAGGAUAUAAGAAUGGAACAAUUAAAUCUACUGGCCUAGUUAAGGAAGCUCAUGAUUUGAAGUUAAAGGUGCACGUGUAUACAUUUCGAGUUGAAAGCAAACAUGUCCCUUUCUUAUUUGGAAAUGACAUUCGGCGAGAAUAUGAUGCAUAUUUAAAUGAAAAAAUCGAUGGAUUUUUCACCGAUUAUCCCUACUCUCUAUCAUCACAUUUAAACUAUCGCUAUGGUGAACAAUGCCCAAAGUCGGAAAAAAGUGCCAAUUUUGCUCGGAGACAUAUGGCUACCUAUAUUAUUUAUGCAAUUACAGCCUUUGUAUCCUUAAUAAUUAACAAAUAUUAAUUGUCUAAUAAGCUUUGGUCACUUUUUAUCUAGUAUAAAUUCAAUGUUUGUAAAAUGAAAUGGCCAAAAAUAAAAUUAAAACUUACCUUUCGUCCAAACGGUCUGUUUUUAAGUUUUCAGAUAACUGUUGAGCUCGUCUAACGAAACUGUCGAUGCCUUCAACCUAAGCAACAAAGUAAACAGAUCAAUACUAUAAGGAACCAAGAGGAUUAUCGGUUAAUUUAAUUGGUAUUUAAUAUACAAAUGCAAAAGGAAAAAAUAAAUAUGCUGAACAAGAAAAUAAACAACUAUU